UACACAUUACACUAACAGAACAUAACAGAACACACGCAAACCCCAAAUGGUUUUACUGGUAAGACCUUUUUCUUCUUCUUCUCUGUGUAUUCUCCAUCUCACAGGUGCAAACCCUAGCCGCACGAAGCCAUACCCUAACCGAUACGUCGCCGUUCAAUGCUCUAGCAGCGUGCAGGAGAUACAACAACAGGGGGAAUUGGGUUCGGAGCUCCGUGCUUCGCUCCCAUUCCCUCCAAUCAGGGCGGCGAAGAGGGUGGUGGUUGUGAGGCACGGGCAAAGCACGUGGAACGCCGAAGGAAGGAUCCAAGGAAGCUCCAAUUUCUCCGUUCUCACUAAGAAAGGCGAGUCUCAGGCUGAGACUUCACGACAAAUGCUCAUCGACGACCACUUCGAUGCUUGCUUCGCAAGUCCCUUGACACGAUCCAAGAGAACCGCUGAAAUCAUAUGGGGACCUCGCCAAGAACCGAUAAUUACUGAAUUAGAUCUGAGGGAAAUCGAUUUGUACUCCUUUCAAGGUCUUUUGAAGCAUGAGGGGAAAGAGAGGUUUGGUUCUGCUUUUCGUCAAUGGCAGGUGGAUGCUGCGAAUUUCAACAUUGAUGGUCAUUAUCCCGUGAGAGAGUUGUGGGAACGUGCUAGAAGCUGCUGGAGUAAAAUCCUAGCUCAUGAUAGCAGGUCUGUUCUUGUGGUUGCUCACAAUGCUGUUAAUCAGGCUCUUGUUGCCACAGCAAUUGGUUUGGGGGCGGAGUAUUUCAGAACUUUACUUCAAAGCAAUUGUGGCGUAAGUGUGCUGGAUUUCAUCCCAAGAUCCGAGGGUGGGUCUCCACAUAUUUGCCUUAACCGCUUAAAUCAGACCCCUGGUUCACCUCUUGCUGGCGGGAAAUCCGGAGGUCGAGAGACAAGUAAGCGGAUCAUACUUGUUUGUAAUGGAUCUACACAGGGAAAUACAGAGGAUGGUUUUCCUUUUGCUGGUGAUCAACCGAUGAACAUGCUUGGUGUUAUACAGUCCCAGAAAUCUGCAGAGCUACUUCUUGAGUCGAAAGUGAAUUCCAUAAUUAGCAGUCCUAACAAAGCUUGUGUUGACACAGCCAUGACCAUCUCCAAGGUACAAGAAGCUGCAGAUUGCUUGGGUGCUGACUGUGUGCCACGCUAUGUUGAGAUGAAGCAGAUGGGGAGCCUUGAUUUUGUUACAAUCUUUCAACAAUUCAAAAUGGAUACAUCCAAUCUUCCGCCAUUUCAGCCUGGGUGGUUAAAUAAAGUUGAGGAUGGAUUGAGAACAACAUUAUGGGAUCAAUCUGGAAAAGCCUGGCGAUAUCUGUUGGAUGAAAUAUCUGAUGAAUCUAAGCCAGAAGAAGUUGUAGUUGCUGUUGGUCAUCCUGCGAUCCACAUAGCACUAAUGGGGCACUGCCUUAAUUUGACGAAAGAAUGGUUGGGAUCAUUUCAUCUUGAUGCUGGGAGCGUUAGUGUCCUUGACUUCCCGGAUGGGCCUAAGGGAAGAGGCGUCAUCAGGUGCAUAAAUUACACUGCACAUUUGGGGAGAUGGUCCAUCCCUAUUACAAGAUCAACAGAGGAUGGUGAAGAGUUUUAACUUGAAAUGACACCCAGCACCCAAUUGUAGAGUUUCAGAGGUUCAAUGUGAUCAUGAUUGUUAAAUUUUAAGGCAUCAUAGUAACAAUGAAAUCCUAGUCUUACUCAGGGUGUGUCCUGGGAUGGGACAAUGCAGUUUUUCCUUCCAGGAUAAUAUACAUCACCUCAAGAUAUAGCUUUUACUUAGCGUGUUGUGUGCAGUUCAUAACACCAAUCAUCCAAGAUCACUGUCAGUUGUCCUGUAUUUUUAGUUUCUAAGAGCAAAUUAAAAUAUUGGUGCGAUAAACCACUUGAUGAUUGCAAAUUAGAGAAAUGCUACUAGUUAUUAGCAAAUAA